UGUUGUGUUUCAUAUCUUCCUGACUAUGACUGGAUCUAACUACAGUUCAUCUAACUCCUGAGUAUGAAAAGUACGUAGCGCUGUUUAGGGGAUUAAAGGAGAGAUACCGGCACAUACGCGUAGUCUUCACCGGCCGAGAGGGUGCCGGGAAGACGACCUUCUGUAGCAGGGUCAAGAACGAAAAUGUCGACCUUAAGUUGCGUCAGCCAACUGUGGGAGCUGUUUCUCAUCCUGCUUGGUUCUUUAUUGACUGGAAAUCCAAAGAAUGGGGGUUAAAUACUGAUCAAUCGUCCACGCGCGUGAUUAAAACACGUAUGGGCGCAUUGCUGAACAUGGAAACAUUAGAAAGAGAAGCUGGCUUGCGAGCAGGGUUCCAAGACGGCUCAUUCAGAUUACCUUUGUCAGAAAACCUUGCAGCAGACACAGGUAACACAUACCUCGAAUCGUUGGCAGUCAAAUUUGCUUCAUUUGAGGCCAAGGCUGAUGGAGCGUUUCUAUCUCUGUGGGAUAUGGGUGGACACACGUCAUUUCGAGCUUCACACAAUGUGUUCAUAUCAUCACAUGGUGUAUACCUUCUAGUCUUCAGGCUGACAGACUUUCUAAUAGACAAGUUGGAAACUGAUAGAUUAAAGAAAUGGGUCCGAUUGAUUGGCACAUUUUCGUCAGUUGAACUCAAUGCGCCAAAAUUGAAGCCACAUGAUCCACCACUUAUUUUCGUCGGCACCUUCCUCGAUCAACUAAAGCAAGCAACCACGGACUACGGUCAACUGGUAAAGGCAAUAAAGGCAAGCAUUACAAAAUUUCGUCAGGAUCUGUACAGCCGAUAACAGCCUUGGAAACGAAGACAAAGAACUAAAAGAACUGCGAGGUUUAAUCACAGACGCAGCAGUGCAUCAAGAUCAGUGGGACAGAGAAAUCCCGACUAAAUGGUUAAAGCUGGAGAGGGACUUACUUAGCGCCAGAGAAGAAGGAACCAGGAUACUCGCUUUAGCGGAGGUCAUUGAAGUGAACAAGAAGUCUGUAGCCCCUUUAACGGAGGAGGAGGAAAUGAAACUGGCACUGGAGUACCUGCAUUGUACAAGGUCUGUGAUUUAUUUUCGUGAGUUUGUCUUCAUCAUCAACGACCCCCAGUGGCUUGCUGAUUUUUUCAGUAUCCUGAUAACCGACGACCAGUUCCUCCCAAAAGACGACCUCCUGCUAAUCCGAGAUUUAGAACGGUACACGACAAAUGGAGAGCUGACCCACGAGUUGAUCGAUGUUCUUCUCAGCCUGGAAAAGAACCAAAAGUUUCGUCCUCAUAAGUCCCAUCUCCUGGCUCUGAUGGAAAAGUUCGGGCUGAUAGCAAGGGUACUGAUAUCGGGAACCACUACAGAAAAUGCACAGUUCAGUGAAACGUACACCAUUCCGAGCAAACUAAUGGAGCUACAAAACGUUGACGCUAUAACCGAGAAGGUCAGUUACCUCCAACAAAGCAAUCUCUUUGUCUCUAAAACCUUAUGCUUCGUGUUCAAAGACGUUUCCGUACCAGAUGAGCUGUUCCACAGAAUCUUUGCCAAGGUCAUGAGGGCGUACAAAGCAGCGUCACUAUCAAUUCGAGGUUUAGAGGAGGCAGCUGAACGUGGCCAGACCAAGACAGACAAUACUAUUUGUCUAUAUUCGGGUUUUGGGUGUUUCGAGGUCGACGACCUUUGCAGAGUGAUCGUGUCAAUGCACGCAGAGAGGUCAACAAUCGCCGUGACUGUGAUCAGUCUGACAGAGACCCAACUUCCCGCAGAAUCCGGACCACGUAUUAGGCUAAAAGUUAAACAGAUUCUACGAGACACGUUGCAUAUGAGUAACCAGCUACACUUUCAGUACGCACACCAGCUGCACUGCAACUUCCACCUGAGUCCAUUCGACACCCCAGUACAACUGUACGGCAUCAUCCACUCAGAGAGGGGCGUGCCCUGUAAAGGUGUAGUAUGCCGAGCACAACAUCGACUAACAAAAACGGACACCACUUUUUGGGACAUCGAACAGCACUUAGCGACGGUUGAAGGCAGAGAAAAUGGCGCAGAAACGACGGAGUGCGACACAACCAUCUCGAAUAGAAGGCCGACCCCCAGGGAACUUGGUCGUUUGUCCCGUCCGGUCGACUCAUCUAGCUGUGAGUGCCUUUUUAUCCAUCUUGGCCUUCCUUAACCAGAAAUCCGGACCACUGAAUGGGAGUCACAAAACUUUGCGGGAAUCACACUGAUUACAAAGUUGUUUCUGAAAUGGACAGUCAUUUACCCGAAUCAGACGUUCCAGGAUAUCGAGCGAGCUAUGACGGCGGCUGAGAUGGCAGCUGACCGUAUCAGCGAAGUGUUAGAAACUGACGAGGAAUCAUUAGAUCAAGGUUAAAAGAAGACAUAACUUGCACAUCAUGAUAAACACAACAUAUGUAAACAUCAACUACACAAAUGAUUCCAAGCGAUGUCUGGAAUAGAACCCCGUCUGAUGCUGAGAUAAAGAAAAUUGUCACCAAUGUUGGCAACACGUUCUUUAACCUGUGCCUGGAGCUCGGAUUGUCACCUCCAAUAAUAGAGCAGCAUGAACUUGGUCAUCCUGUCACCUUCCAGGCAAGGAUGAGUUCUCUCCUCCGGUUUUGGAUAAACAGAUUCCAGACGAAGGCAACCAUCGGCAGGUUGUUGACAGCGAUGAAGGUUUGUCGGAUGGACUGGCAUACAACAGCACAGAUUUGGUCACCAUGAUAAGGAAGGACAAUAUGAACGUGUGAAAUAAAUUCAUGUCACUCUUGACAUUCACAAACCUUCCUUCACACAUGUACAUAUAUAAGAUUAAUGUUAUAACUAACUAAAAAAUAUCAGCCAAACCUUGUAAAUCAAUAUUAUUGUAACCAGAAAAUACUCCGUAGAAAUGAUACUAAUGACAAAGCAUUCAUAUUUAACAGUUCAGACAACACGUUAAGAUGAAACAAAGGCGUCUAUCAUAUGUGUGUGAUUUACUCAAGGUUAAUUUUCUCAAAUUCAAAGUUAAUCUCAGAUGAAGAUUAAAUUAUUCUUGAAACCUUCAUAUUUUGUUUUGUUAAAGUGAAUAAAACAUUCCUAUCCAUGGGUAAUUUAAUGUUCGCUUUUAUUCUGUGUUCGCAAUUGCGAUGAAUAACAAUAAAUACAUAUAAAGCUGAAAUAUCUUUCUAGCAGCUUAUAAUAAUGGUUCAUAGAUUGCAGAUGUAAGAAAACAUUCUGAGAAGAAAGCAAGAUUAAACUAUCAACGAAAUAUCGGCACAGUAAAAUAUAUAUCAUUUUAUCAUUAAAAUAUAUUACUGUGGUCUUUUUGGCACCUAGGUGAUGGCAUAUUAACAUUUUUCUCAGUGUGAUAUUCUCUUUGAUAUCGAGCCUGUAAGUAACAUCCUCUGAGAGCUAUUUGUAUGUAUUUAUUGA